UCAAAUGUUUUUAUUAUGGCAUUCAAAAAGGUCCAUAAUGGUUAUGUGUGCUUUCAGGAGUGGCAGAACUCUAUACAAAAGAAUGCAGGACUUGCAUUCAUCGAACUUAUUAAUGAGGGGAGGCUUCUGUGUCACGCCAUGAAGGAUCACAUUGUCCGUGUCGCCAAUGAGGCAGAGUUCAUCCUCAACAGGCAGAGAGCAGAAGAUGUGCACAAACAUGCUGAGUUUGAGUCCAACUGUGCCCAGUACGCUGCGGACAGGAGAGAAGAGGAAAAGAUGUGUGAUCACCUCAUCAGCGCCGCCAAACACAGAGAUCACGUGACCGCAAACCAGCUGAAACAGAAGAUCCUCAACAUUUUAACCAAUAAGCAUGGAGCGUGGGGAACCAUGUCACAGAGUCAGCUGCAUGAUUUCUGGCGUUUGGACUACUGGGAGGAUGAUUUGCGCAGGAGGCGGAGAUUUGUACGCAAUGCCUUUGGCUCCACUCACACGGACGUGGCUCUCAAAUCUCUAGAGGAAUACGGCCCUGAGGAAGAAGAGGGCAUGAAGUCAAAGAAGUCAUUCCGGAGUCAUUCGGUGGUCAAUCAAAACCCUGAAACUGAGCUCAUGCUGGAAGGAGAUGAUGAUGCCGUCAGUCUGCUGCAGGAGAAAGAGAUCGACAACCUUGCAGGUCCCGUGGUUUUGAGCACACCCGCUCAGCUCGUUGCUCCUGUGAUCGUCGCUAGAGGAACGCUGUCAAUCACCACAACAGAGAUCUAUUUUGAGGUGGAUGAGGAUGAUCCGACUUUCAAAAAGAUUGAUUCAAAGGUGUUGGCAUAUACUGAGGGUCUGCAUGGGAAAUGGAUGUUCAGUGAGAUCCGAGCAGUUUUUUCCAGACGCUACCUGCUCCAAAACACUGGAUUAGAGGUCUUCAUGGCCAACAGGACAUCUGUCAUGUUCAACUUCCCGGAUCAGGCCACAGUAAAGAAGGUAGUGUACAGUCUACCUCGGGUUGGCGUUGGCACCAGCUAUGGCCUCCCUCAGGCAAGACGGAUCUCUCUGGCAACACCAAGGCAGCUCUUUAAGUCAUCUAAUAUGACUCAGAGAUGGCAGCGGAGGGAGAUUUCAAAUUUUGAGUACCUCAUGUUCCUCAACACUAUUGCAGGGAGGACCUAUAAUGAUCUGAACCAGUAUCCUGUCUUCCCCUGGGUCUUGACUAACUAUGAGUCAGAGGACCUGGAUCUUACCUUGCCUGGGAAUUUCCGGGAUCUCUCAAAG